AUGGCUGAUGAUGACUCGGAUGAAGGCCUUUCACUACAAGAGGUUGUGCAAGGCUUCAUGAACAUCAACCACAGCCACGCGAAUCUGGGAACCUACCAGGAGGACACCCGAGACAUCAGGCACCUCCUGCCAUGGGUGGACAUGGUUUGUGCUCCACAAGUCAAUCCUCAGCAGAAGAAGCGGUAUCUCGAGGAGCUUAGCUUCGCCCUCCGGCCGCAGGAGCUGACUCCCCAGGCUCGCGAGAUGUUCGUGCGCCAAGCUCUUCACCGAGGCGUGGUCCCUGAGGCUGUACGGCUUAUCGAGAGUGCAUCUCCCACAGUUGCGGCAGCUGCCACGAACUUCCUUGGAGACUUCGCUUUCAAUUCCGACAUGGGGUCGAAGGAGGUUCUCAAGGUGUUCGAUCGGAUUGCAGAUCGCUUUCAGCACCUCUUCUCGUCUUCCUCGGACCGAGCUCUCAUGCUGCAUGACGAUUGGCUCCUGCAGGCCGCCAUUCUCCUGUGUGUGAACAUUGCCGCGACGUGUCCAGCUGGACACAUGAAGCUGGUGCGAUUAGUUCAACCCGUGUGCUUGAAGAUCCUGCAGAGUCCCCAGGUGGGCGACAAGCUUCGCGGAAACACAAUUCUGUUGCUCGCCAAUCUUUCCAUGACUGUGCUGAGCGAGCUGCGAGAACUCCACGUGGCAAACGUUCUCUUACAGCUGGUGUCAGACAACAAUGUCAGCAACCAUGGGAAGAGUGUAGCAGAGUCUGUGAUCAUAUUCCUGCACGGCGAGGUUCAGUGUCGGCAGGUUGACAUUCUGAUGGAAAGGGAUGUGGUGAGCAGCUACUGCAUUCCGAUUAUGGAACACACCUUGAAGGGGACAGAGUUCCGUGGCAUGUUUCCACACCUCCUGUACAGUGCCAAGCUCUUUCAAGUUCUAUCCAGGUGCCGCCUUUAUGCGGAGAGGUUAGUGCAAGAUGCUCGAGCGAUUCCGCUACUGCUCAAAGCCGUUAAUCCUCGAGCACCGCCUCCCCGAGUUGAAACAGACUACGAAGGCCGCCGGUUGGUGUUGCAGGCCUUAUGGUCACUAGCAAAGUUGCGUUUGUGGCCAUCUCCGGAUGACGCGGACAGUCAAAAGUUCCUCGACAAGGGCUUGCCGAUGCUCUGCGAAGACCGACACGUGGGAAUCCGAACAGCAGCAUCAGGAAUCUCCGCGCAAAUUUUUUAUCCAAGCGUGAUCCGAUUACUUGCUGUCGGACGGAGGCUGGAAAUUGCCGGCCUUCUUCCACCCGGGUUUUGGAAGUUUCGCAUUGCAUCGCAGCUGUUCCCGUUCCUGGCAGAGAGCCGGUGA